GCAGAUCACUUUCUCACGCCAUGGGCCGCUGACUGCACUUGGCUCCGCAUUGUCAAGAGCAUACAUCUUCUGGUCGUGGGCACCUUCUCUUCUUCUUCUGACCCCGCCAACGUCAUCACUAUGGCUCCAGCAAACAUCGUUCACCUACCCAAUGGCCAGAACCUUACAGUUACGCCUGUGUUUGGGGGCCUCUUUUUCAAGGCAAAUGAUCUGCUCAACUCCCAUUCGCCUUUUCCUCCAGGAUGGACAGUCGUACUCAACUCUGAGGACGAGAACGACCCCGCAACGACCGAGCAAGAUGAGAAGGCAGAGCAGACUGGACUGCCCCGGCACGUACACCGGUACAAGCGACCGACAUUGACCGGAGAUCACCUCUAUAUCUCCUCGGUAUCGAACCCUAGCAGCAGUGACUUCAGGGCUGCUGCUUCGCCGACACGUCACAUCGCCAUGAUGCUCUGGGCUACCUUGUAUUGGUACUUCCACCAGCCGGAGCCCACGUUGCAAGUCACGAAUGCGCGAUCGAAGAACACGGCAGAUGCAGGGAAGCCCAAGGGAGAAUGGAGAAUCAACAUCAAUCGCGAAGGCAUAUUCAAGGGUCGGGUUGUGCUACCAAAGCUCGAACGCAUGGGACUGGUUGCCAGUGAGGAUUCGUCUGUAGGAUGCGCUCAGGAUGAGUGUGCGCAUGAAGGCUGGACGCACAUGUUCAUCAGUCGGCGCAGCUUUUGGCAAUUAGAUCCUCGUAUCUAUCUGUUCACGCUCUCGCCCAUGGCAAACUCGCCUUUCCCAACUGGCUCACCUUACACUUCAAGACCCUCGUCGCCAGUUGGAAAGGGCGAAGAGAAGAAGGAACACCAGAUUGAUCAGGUGUCGCCUGGACUGUGGUCAUCCUCGGCCCCAGGUCCAUACCACUCCAGCUCGCAUCUACCGACUUACUACCCUCCCCCGCCAACUCAAUACACAAUCUCGAACCAUGUUCGUCAUCCUAUCCGCCCAAAGCCUCCUCGACAAGGCGAAGUCCUCUACACGCGCUACAUCCCCAGCGUCGGCCAAUACCUCUCCUUCCGGGUGGCAUGCAUCUCCUCGAAGCCAUUGCGACACCGCGGCCCCGUAGCGUCUCACGAUACCGCUUCCCACCGUCUCAGCGGCCACUCACAGGCCGAGUCGAUCGGGUCCGUAAUGAGCUCGCCUACUGCCGAAAUGAGUGACAGCGAGUACCUGCACAAGUGGAUGAAUGAUCCUCGUGUGUCUCAUUUCUGGGGCGAAGAUGGUCCCCAAGAACACCAAGAAGAGUUUUUGAGAAACGGCUUAAUGUCGAAGAACUCCUUCCCCGUCAUAGGCUGCUGGGACGGCAAGCCGUUUGGAUACUUUGAGAUAUACUGGGUGAAAGAGGACAACUUGGGGAAAUACGUGCCGAACGUAGGCGAUUACGAUCGCGGAUUUCACUGCUUGGUUGGUGAGCAGGAGUUCAGAGGUGCGCACCGAGUCAAGUUGUGGAUCAGCGCACUCGUGCACUACUGCUGGCUGGCGGACAACCGCACAGAGAGAGCGAUGCUUGAGCCGCGAGUGGAUAACGAAAAAUUGGCACACUAUCUCCAAGAAUCUGGCUUCUACAAAGAACGCGAAGUGAGCCUUCCACAUAAACAGAGCAAUCUGUUCAAGAUAAAUAGGGAUGUCUGGCGAGGCCCGGCUUUGUAAUGCUGUAGGCGGACACUGGGGGCUCCGCGCUGGAGACUCGGGAACGAUGUGUGGAGAGGGCACGGCCGCGGGAUGUUGGGCGUUCGCGCGGUUUUUGUGGAGGAAAAGCGGGUCCUGCGAUGCCUUUGCGAUUGUGCCAUACAAUUGCAUACUGGUAUUACAGGAUUCGCCUUCUUUGGCAGUGCAUUGGUUGUGAAUUUAUACGUGUUGCAAGUUGCGCCGAACAUCCCACGGAAUCUUGCCGAAGUCGGCGGGCUGCGAUUAGACGGAUUUAUUGUAGAUACUUAGGUACCCUAAAGAGAGCCAACUUCAGACAUGUUUUCGGUCGCAGGUACCAAAAAUCACGCGGAAGAAGAAUACACAGGCGGGUGAGCAUGCGGGAAAAACACGUU